CACUUACCGCUUCAAACGGCUUUAAAGUUACUGGAAGUGAGCUACAGAGUUGAAAAGAGAAAUGAGUCGUGAGAAAAGAGAGUUUCUGGCAUGCGGUAGAACUUGAAAGUCAAAAAUGAGCGAAAAGAAUAUGAACUCGAAAAAUUUUGAAAAACGUAAGGCAAGCUUUUAAUUUAUUGCAAACGCCAACAGCGCUUCCGAAAAUCUCUACGACACUACGACGACGGUAGCGUGUGUGUAGAGCGUCAUUAGCCGACCUAUAUAUGUGAGUACGUGACUCAUGUGCGGGUUCUACAGGUUUCUACUGCAUUAGUAAUCUAAUCAAGUCUGAUUGUCGGGCCAUAAUGCGACGAUAUCCCAUUCGCAGCCAAUCCGAAGACAGUAGCAGUUCAUUCAACGCCUUUGAAAAUUUCGCCCGAUUAACGCUAUCGGAGCAUGUCGCCUAUAAAAGACGUAUCUGCAUGCUCUCCACAGUAGUCUGCUUAAAAAUGUCGCCAUUGACACAAAAAUUGCCGAAGUUCAUAGCAUUCUUGCUAUUGGUCGUCGCGCUCCCGAACUACAACACUGCCGAAGCGGGACUCACUGUUGCUUGCGAUCUGGCAGCAGACAAUGAUGACUGCAUGGAAAGCGCUAUGCAUCCGGAUUUUUCAACAAAACGCAUGCACACAAACAAGGCAUACAGCGAACCAGAGUUUACUAGUGACUUUUGGUUGGAGCUGAGUAAGAAAUUUGUGCGCCAGCAAGCGUCUGCACAGCACAAUAAGCGUGUGGCUAAGAAUGUUAUACUCUUUUUGGGCGAUGGCAUGGGCUUGACAACGUUUACGGCGGCGCGCAACCUGCUCGGUGGUCCCGAGAAACAGUUGUCGUUCGAGAAGUUUCCCUACACCGGUUUCUCGAAAACAUACUCGGUGAAUACAAUGGUGCCCGAUUCGGCGGUCACAUCCACCGCUUACCUGUGCGGCGUUAAGGGUAAUCACGGCACGAUCGGCGUUAAUGGACGCGUAGAACGCACCAAUUGCGCGGGUAUGGCCGAUACGGAUAAUCAUGUGCAUUCGAUUGCAAAGUGGGCGUUGGACGCUGGUAAAUCUGCCGGUCUAGUGACGACAACACGCGUCACGCACGCAUCGCCGGCAGGUGUGUAUGCGCAUGUGGCUGAUCGUGAGUGGGAGAAUGAUGCGGUGUUGGCGGAUGAUUGUGGCGCCGAUUCGGGUCUAGCGGACAUUGCGCAACAACUGAUCCACGGUGAGGUUGGCAAGCAGUUGAAAGUGAUCUUCGGCGGUGGCAAGCGUGAAUUUUUAGACACGCAGUUCUUUAAGAAGGGCAAACGCCAGGAUGGACGCAAUUUGAUUGAGGAGUACCUGCAACAGUCCUCGGAUAAUGCUUAUGUGGAGACGCGUGAUGAGUUGCUCAGCUUAAAUUUGAAUUCUUAUAAACGCGUGUUGGGUCUGUUCGAGCGUUCGCACUUGGAAUAUCACUUGGACGCGGCCGAUACGCAACCAACAUUGAAGGAAAUGACCGUGCGCGCUAUUGAGAUGCUACAAAAGGACGAUAACGAUUUCUUUCUCUUCGUCGAAGGCGGUCGUAUUGAUACCGCGCAUCAUUCAAAUAUGGCGGAAUAUGCAUUAGAUGAGACUGUCGAGUUCUCAAAAGCAAUAGAAGCAGCACGUGAAUUGACUUCGGAGGAGGAUACGCUCAUUGUUGUUACCGCCGAUCAUUCGCACGGCUUCAGUUACGCGGGCUAUCAGGAUCGUGAUAGCGAUAUUUUCGAUGUCGCACCAUCUGAAGGUACUGAUGACCUACCCUACCUAACGCUGAGCUAUGCCAAUGGUCCCGGUUUCGAGGAUUAUUAUAAUACGAAUAAAUAUAAACGUCGUAAUCCAACAAAAGUGCGCCCUGAUGUGGACACCUUCCCCGCCACAGCACCAUUGGAGAGCGCCACGCAUAGUGGUGAAGAUGUGGCCGUUUUUGCUUCUGGUCCGUGGUCUCAUCUCUUCACAGGCGUUUAUGAGCAGAAUACAAUACCACAUAUGAUGGCGUAUGCGGCGUGUGUGGGCGAUGGUUUGAAAGCGUGCUAAAUGAAUUUAUUUAAGUUGUGAAAGCAAUAAAGUCAAAACACUUACUAACACUUAUUAAA